GUACUCUAUCUGGUUGGAUAGCAAAUUACGUCUCCAGCUUGAUCCUCUACUCAUAUUGGAAUACUUCCUGUGGCGAAAGGGUCAUGAGUACGCAAUCUCAAAUCACUACGACAGACAUUGUGUAUGGGAAGAGGUUGUGCGAAAUAAGAAACUGAACAAGUACAAUCAUACCAUCAUAGAUCAACAAUUUGAAUUUUAUCAGGCUGAUGGAUUGACAAGAUUUAAUGCCUCAGAUCCAAACAGGCUUCUUCCCAGCAAUGUACCGGAGGGGUCGUUUAUCAUACGAGCACACACACCGAUGUCAAAUUUGUUCUCUUGUCUGUGGUUCAAUGAGGUUGACCGAUUUACUCCUCGUGAUCAGCUAAGUUUUGCGUAUACAUACCAGAAGUUGAGAAGGAUGAAUCCUGGAAAGCCUUUUCAUCUUCAUAUGUUCAAGGACUGUGAAAGGAGAGCUAUUGCUAAAUUAUAUCAUCACAGGUCAGAGGAGAAGAGGAACACUCGGUGAUAGGAAACAGACUGAAUAAUAUUUUCUUGUAUUGGCAUUUUUUGGAAUUUGGUUUCCAUAGAUGGAGCUCAGCCAAGCUGAUCCUCAGUGCCUUUUGGAGUCAUCUGCUUUAAAAAAUAUCAAUAUACAGCAGGCUGCUAUUUCCAAACAUGGUACACGACACUUGUGAUUUUAGCAUGAGCGAAGUCUACUGCGAUGCCGAAUUUUUUCUUGGGUGACCUCUUGGGGCAACAACAUCAGCAGUGCCAGUUGCUUCCUUACCCGCGGGUGUGUAUCUGUAGAAUAGAGAGAAUUUCCAAUUUACAUUUUCUUUUUCAUUAUAUUCAUUUUAUCUUCGUCAUUAUUUCGUCCCAAGGCAAGUGAAGCAGCAAAUACCUUCGGACCCGUAAUGCCACUAAAAAUAUAGUUACUUCCAUGUGCUUCGCAAUUGGUAUUCAUGUUUUAUUGCUGACUUUAGAAGUUUUGGUAGUAUUAGCCGUGUAUGACAUUGAGAAAUACGAAAUACGAUUGGAUUAUUGAUUUGGCAUCA